AUGUUUACACUGGGGUCACUUCUGGGCUUAUUGGAUGGGCUCUUGCACCUGUUCUAUUGCACUCUAAAUGCAGUUUCGUUGUUCUGUGUCCCGUCGAAGCGUAAUGAGCUGUAUUACGAGUGCUGUAAAGAGCCAUACCCAGAUGUGACAUUCACGGUCACCAUGCGGCGCAGGACACUUUAUUACGGCCUGAACCUGCUCAUCCCCUGUGUGCUUAUCUCGGGCCUGGCUCUGCUGGUGUUCCUGCUGCCGGCCGACUCUGGAGAGAAGAUAUCGCUGGGAAUCACUGUCCUGCUGUCACUGACGGUCUUCAUGUUGCUGGUGGCAGAGAUCAUGCCAGCCACUUCAGACUCUGUUCCUCUCAUCGGAUCAUCUUGCAUUAUUGUUAUUGUAUCAAAGGCAUACUGCAGUACAUCUCUGUAG